AUGUUCACGGAGAAUUCAUUCACGACAAUCGGAGAACUUGAUCUUGCUGUUCCCGAUGAUAUUCUUCUUAUGCGAACAUCACGUACAGCAACAUUUACAAUAGGCUCUUCAUCAGCAUCAUCAUUAUCGUCAUCAUUGUCAUCGCUAUCGUCCUCGAAUCAAAGCAAUCAUUUAAAUGGACAAACAACAACAACAAACACGACUGAAAGUAUCGUGGGUACUUCAUCCCCCUCGAAUUCCAACCUUUUAGAAGAUCAAUCGCUAAGACAUUCCGAAUCGUUGACUAUCGACAGUCAACAACGUCGUCCUAUUAUUCAUGAUCCUUAUUGUUUAUCUCCGAAUCUUCAAGUUCUAAACGACUGGAUGAUUACAACAACAGGCAAAAGCCGUCGAGAAUUGAGUGAAGUACAUGGAUUUUCUGAAGAACAGAUAGCUGUAUUCGAAGAAUCAUUUUCUUUACUGGACAAAGAUGGCGAUGGUAAUAUAUCCAAUUAUGAAAUUCGGUCAUUGAUGCAUUCGUUGGGCUACACACCAAGUGAAGAGGAUAUUUCAGCUGUGAUAUCGAAAGUUGAUACCAAUGGUAAUGGUUGUGUUGAUUUUGAUGAAUUUCUAACGAUGAUGAAACGGCGUCGAUCGACAUGCGAUAAUGACACAGAACUCCAUCUAGUUUUCCAAGUCUUUGAUAAAAACAAAGAUGGUUUCAUCGAUAAAGAAGAACUUUACGAUAUGCUAUCAAGACUUGGUGAACACAUCACUGAAGAAGAUGUCAAAGAAAUGAUUGCUGAGGCUGAUUCUUUAGAUAAUGAUGGGAAAGUAUCUUACGAAGAGUUCAAAGCUAUCUUAUACUCAAAAUAA